GGGUAGUGUAGUCUAGUGAUGGCAAAAUGAAGCUUUGAAUAAAGCAUCGAACCACUUGGACAAUUGUGUCGGAAAUAGGUUCAUUUCUCGAAGCUUCAGUUACAGAGACCUCUCCUGGCGAAGUGCAAGUCUGCAGUGGGUUUAACGUAUCUUUGACUUGAAAUAAUGAACUGAAUUUUCAAUGCACACUAAGACUGAAUAUCAUGUUCUAUUUGCAAUUAAAGAUUGAUAAUUGUGUGUAUUGGGUUAUUGAGAAGAGACUAGAGCAGGGGUCUCCAACCUUUCUUCACCUGAGAGCUACUUUGAAAAAAUGAAAGUGAUCAAGAGCUACUUGCAUCACAUCGCUUACAUUUAUUCACAUCGCCCUCAUCAGUUGAAUUAAGCUACUUUUAUACACGUGUGAAAUUGCAAUACCUAAAGCUUAUAAAAAAUCUUAACUUCGCAUCAAGGUCCAAGACAACGAAAAUGUCUCACAUAUCAUUAUGGCCCACAUAGUAAGUACAUCACUGAAAAUGCACAUAAAUGUCCCUAAUCACUAACUGACAAGCAUGUUAUGGUACAUGUGUAAAAUAAGUGCAUUCACUCUUUUUCACAGUCAGUGAGAUGAAUGGCACUGCAUGGAGUCCACCAUAGAGGUGUAUGCUGGAGUGUACCCACUUAGGUUCACUCUAAUAGAGUCAUUUAAAUGUCCAUCAGUCAGUCUUGUUCUGUAUUUAGAUUUCAUGACAUUCAUGUCAGAAAAAGCUGCUUCACAAAGGUCUGUAGAGCCAAAUAAAGCAGACGUGUUCAGUGCUGCUUGGUGAAUGUUCUUAUAGUUUUCUGGGUCUACAAGGCUCCAGAAAUGUUGUGAGUUUUGCUGAGACCUAGGCUGAACAUGAUUUUGGAGAUUUAUAACCUCCAUCUCCACAGGAUUGACACUGACCAGUUCAGCCAUUUCAUCUUCUUCUUCGUCUUGACAUGAAAUGAUAAACCAUAACAAAUCAACUGUAUAGGUCUAGCCUCCCUAUAUCUGUGUGUGAAAUUGUUCCAUCCUCAAAAACAAAAAACUAAUACUUCUGCAGUCUAGCUGCAGCUUCUAGCAACGGUCUUCUGUUUUUAUAGUAAUGUUCUGUUACAGCUAAGUUGACUCUUGUUUGCAUUUUCUGGGCUAUUCUUUGUGUGCCCAUUGUGCCUAGUCGUGGUCCCUUUAAGAAUCAGGAUGACAUAAUCAGAUGGGUGUGUCAGGUGAUCAUUAGAGAGGAAAUAGGCAAAGCAUGGCUCUGUGAGCAAUGUGUUAUUGUUUGUUAGAAAUCCAGCUACAUCUGCAUACGUCUUAAUGCCUUUGAUCGCAUCGUAUUUUCACACCUUCCUUAUAUCAUUAAACCUGUGGGCAAAGGAUUCACGUCUUCAGAGUCUUGGUGUACGGAGGGAGUUUAUCUGGCUGUUAAGAUAUAUACACUACAUAUACCGGGGACAGCACAGUGAAAAUACGGCAUUCUAGCGGGCAGGACAACGCAGUGUAAGCUGGCAGACAAUGACAGCAUCUUCACAUACAGCCACUGGAUGACCGUCAAAACAGUGUCUAAAGAGAGGUACACUAUCAGACGGUGCCAUGACAGAAAAGGCUUCUUCGCUAAACACGCGCUCCCGUGUUUCAGGCUCCCAACUACGAUCAAGAGCAUCAUCAACUGGGUCCGCUGCAGUCAGGGCACGAGCGAGAGCAGAAGCAGCUAAAGCACGUCUUUCCUACGCCGAAGAGGAAAUUAAUCUAAGGCUGGAUAAAGCUAAAUUGGAAGCAUCUACGGAAAUGCUCAACAUACAGAAAGAGACAGCUGCGGCUAUAGCUGAAGCAGAAGUAUUUGAAGCUGCUGAGGAUUUAGACAUUGAGAAAGAAAGGAGUAAAAACUGUUUAAGCUCUGUAUCAUUGGAAGCAGCAUUACGCACACAGCAAUAUGUUGCUGACCAAGCCAAAAUAACGGAGGCUAAACCUCAACUAAAUGAUCAUUAUGUACCAGCAAUUACAAAGCCAAGUCCUGGCGACAGCAUUUCACAUUCACAGCUCAAACCAGAAGCCAAACCUUUCAUUCUCCAUCAAACCAAUCCUGGAUCUCAAUCACCUCAUCUUACCUCACAGCAGCCUGGCAUCAACGGAGACGAGUGUGCUCGUGGUUCACGCAAUGUAAAGUUUGAGAACAACCGUUGUACUCCUGGACAGUAUUACAGGCCUCAAAACCAUAGUGGUAAUCCUUCCUCAUCGCCCCAUCCCAUGUCUCCAAAUUACAAUCACGACGACUCAAACCUGAAUGACUUUGUGAGAUAUUUUGCACGGCACGAGCUUGUUGCUACAGGUUUGCUUCAAUUCAAUGAAAAACCUCAGAAUUACAGAGCAUGGAAACGGUCUUUCCAGACCGCAACCCGGGGUUUAAACCUGACACCAAGUGAGGAGAUGGAUCUUCUGCACAGGUGGCUUGGUAACGAGGCAAGACAACAUGUCGAACAGAUAAGAGCAAUACACAUACAUCACCCUGAAGCAGGAUUAGCAAUGAUAUGGGACAGACUCGAGCGAACAUAUGGCUCACCAGAAGUCAUUGAAGACGCUCUGUUCAAACGCAUUGACACCUUUCCUAAAAUAACAAAUCAAGAUUAUUCCAAACUGACAAAGUUAAGUGAUCUAUUAAUGGAACUUCAAUCUGCCAAAGCAGAAGGAGACUUGCCUGGUCUCUCCUUCUUCGACACAGCCAGAGGCGUCAACCCAAUAGUUCAGAAGCUUCCAUUCGGUCUGCAGGAAAAGUGGGCAUCAGUCGGUGCAUCCUACAAGCGGCAAAAUCUUGUCCACUAUCCACCCUUUAACUUCUUCGUGAACUUUAUCAGCCAGGAGGCUAUCAUGAGGAAUGAUCCAAGCUUCAACUUCACCUCCCACACAGACACAGCGAAACAGAAUGAUAAGACAGGUUGGAAACCAAACAAAUAUCGGGAGGUCUCUGUCCACAAAACAGAGAUCUUCCCCGGAGUCGUUACUGAAACCGGUGAGUCCCCAACGAGAUCUGAGGACUUUGAUAAAAUGUGUCCGAUACAUGAAAAGCCACAUCCACUCCGCAAAUGUCGUACAUUCCGAGCAAAGCCCAUUGAUGAGCGUAAGGCAUUCCUAAAAGAGAAUAAUGUGUGCUUCAGAUGCUGUUCUUCGUCAUCACAUUUCGCGAAGAACUGUAAAAUGAAAAUUCAAUGUUUUGAAUGCAAAAGUGAAAGACACCAUACAGCACUUCACCCUGGACCCGCACCCUGGAUGGAGGAGGUGGGUCCCUCCUCCAGAGCAUGGCGGGGAGGAGGAGAAAACUUCACCUCCUCCUCAUGUCACCACCAAAUGCAUAAACGUCUUUGGCGGAGAUCUGGCAGGUAGAUCCUGCUCCAAAAUAUGUCUUGUAAAUGUAUAUCCAUCAGGCCACAAAGACAAAGCAAUUAAACUGUAUGCAAUUUUGGAUGAACAGAGCAACAGAUCAUUAGUUCAUUCACAGUUCUUUGAAAUGUUCAGUGACCAAAGUCUGAGUGCUCCUUACACAUUGAGAACAUGUGCUGGAGUGAAGGAAUCAGCAGGAAGAAGAGCCAGUGGCUAUGAAGUUGAGUCUCUGGAUGGAACUGUCCACAUCCCAUUACCCAGCCUCAUAGAAUGCAAUGACAUUCCUAACAACAGAAAUGAGAUCCCAACCCCUGAUGUGGCUCUCAAUCAUGCACACCUCAAGUCAGUGGCGCACCUCAUCCCAGACAUUGACCCACAAGCCCCUAUCACGCUUCUCCUGGGUCGGGACGUUAUCAGAGUUCAUAAGGUUCGCAAACAGAUGAAUGGCUCACACAACCAGCCUUAUGCUCAAAAGUUAGAUCUGGGGUGGGUCAUUGGAGGCAAUGUUUGUCUAGAAAGCGUCAACAAACCAUUGACGAUCAACAG